AUGGCCGACGCCACCCGCCGGCACACCAGCAUGGCCGCAGCGGAAACGGAAGCGGCGGGCGCCCGCCCUCCGACUGUAGGACGCCGAGCCCUUCUGGGCGUCCCAGGCGGACCUCUCGAUGGUUUCGGCGGGCCUCCGCCGGCGGUCACCAUGGCGACCCCGCCGCCGGGCCCCCGGCGCCCCCCGGCGCCCUCCCCGCCGGAGGAGGCCAAGGUCCCCCUCAGGGUGGUGCGCGUCAAAGUCGAGAAGCCCGAGCCGGGGGAGGGAGAUGCGCCCAGAGAGUCAGCGGGGGAGUUCGGGGGCUCCCCGGGCCCGGGGGGUUGGAAAGAGGAGGCCCGCGGGGCCGUCAAGAGAGAAGGGGGCCGCGACGGGGGCAGCGGAGAAGUCCAGAAGGAGGAGAAGGCGCUGGAGGAGAGGGGGAGCGGGAAGGAGCCCUGGCGAGGAGGUGCCGUCAAGGCGGAGCCGGCCGUGGCCUUCGAGGCCCGCGGGGUGAAGACGGAAAAGGACGAGGCCCGCGGGGUGGAGCUGCGAGAGGGGUUUGGGAUCCCCCCCGAAGGCCUGAAGAUCCCGCUGGUGUUUCAGCCCUUACCUCCCGGGACCCGCAUACAGAUCCAAGGCCCUCUGCCACCGUCAGAGCUGAUCCGUGUGACCAAAGUGCCGGUGAAACAAGUGCCGCUUAAAAUGCAGCCUUUACUGGAGCCCUCAGUAAAGAUUGAGACUAAAAACGUUCCCCUCACAGUACUGCCCUCCGAUUCAGGUAUGCCAGAUACUCCAUUUAGCAAGGACAAAAGUGGCCAUGUAAAGCGUCCAAUGAACGCAUUUAUGGUGUGGGCUAGGAUUCAUCGGCCUGCUCUAGCAAAAGCUAACCCCACUGCCAAUAAUGCAGAAAUCAGUGUUCAGCUUGGAUUGGAAUGGAGCAAACUGACUGAAGAGCAGAAGCAGCCCUAUUAUGAUGAAGCUCUGAAAAUAAAACAAAGGCACAGAGAGGAAUUUCCUGGUUGGGUUUAUCAACCACGACCAGGCAAACGGAAGCGUUUUCCACUGCCUGUCUCUGCUGUAUUUUCCGGCACUUCUCAGAGUAUCAUCACUACAAAUCCAGCUGGCAUUUGUCCCUUCCAGUCACCUGCUUACUCUGUUGUCAUCCCCAAUGUUAAGAACAAUAUCGGACAUCCAGUCUGUGAGACUCCUGCCAUCCGUCUGCCGGUUGCUUCCAUUCAACAAGCUGGUCCAAUUACUCUUUUCCAGACUACUGGCGCAAGCACCGCAUCAGUGGCUGUUCCAGCUCCAACCCUGCCCCUGCGCCCUGUAAUUUCACCGCAGCACUUUGCUGAAGCUGCCCAGACAGAAGUUCUUGAUGUAUCAUCUGGGCUCAGUUGCUCUCUGAAGAGACCUACACCAGUUUUCAUUGAGAGCUUCAGCAGAAACCCAAGUAACAUAAGCACCACUAAUGGCAGAUUUACUGUCUCUAAUAGUGAGCCCCCAAAGGAAUACCCAGGGGUUUCUAUUUUUCCUAGAGGUGUACCUCUUCCUCAAGCUACACCUUUUCUUCACUCACAUCUCUGUGAGUCUAUUCCCAUUGGUCAGCCAACCAACCUGUUUGGAGUACCUCCACGGUUUUCAUUUCACCACCCUUACUUUGUACCUGGACCUCACUAUUUCCCCUCAAGCACAUGCCCAUUCAGCCGACCUCCAUUUGGCUGUGGGAAUUUCUCCAGCUCAGUGCCUGAAUGCCUUGGCUUUUAUGAAGAGAGGUACCCAAGACAGGAGGUGAUGUUUUCAGCUCUGGAUGGAGACUAUCCUUUCAAGGAAUACCCAAUAGAAAGUAUAAGUGAGGACCACCGCAGCUGUGAGAGCCUUGAAGUAGUGUCCUGUCACAGCAGCUGCAACGAGGAUCCGUAUUUAAGCCCCCUACCACAGCUCGAUGUUGCAGCAUUGGAGGAGGUUUUGUCAGCUGCCUCGUCUACUCCCUCCAGCAUCCACCUAAUCAAUGUAACUGACAGUGACGAGGAAGAAGUAAAGUUGUUGCAAGAAUUGUAA